GGGAUGUGCAUGUGUGUGCGUACUACCACAUACCGUAUUUCCAUAAACCGAGAGUUUGGCAAUAACGAAUAUCAUAUCUGGCUUUCCCGACCAGAUUAAAGAAUUCGGUUAUAUAGCUCGCCGAUCGAAGGCCCGUAACUCUGGCGUCGAAAGAGUGUGGGUGAGAGUGUGCUACUCGGGACAGUAAGGUUGAAGCUACUAUCCGGAAUCGCCCACUGUGCGGUAACUGUGGACCAUGAACACCGCGGGAGCCAGCAGUCAACCACCGCCCACUAAAAAUGAGUUAUUCCUCGAGGAGUAUCUCAUCCACGUGCAUAUGCCGAACAAGAGCUUCAAGGCUGUUCGGUUCAACGUCAAGGAGACCGUUUUCCAUGUGAUCCGGCGAACCGUCGAAGAUCUCGGCACGGAUGGACGGACGCCAAGUAUCCAGCGAUAUGCCUGCCGUAUGCUUAAUAUGAUCACAAAAGAGGUGAUCUGGCUGGCUAGGAGUACCUCGAUGCAGAAGGUACUCACGCACAUCCUAACACCAGGGUGUUCGAACGUGGACUGCCCAAAUAACCAGGCAGAACUGGAUGAAGCUCUGCUAGAGCACGGCCGAAGGAUCACCGACAACAGGGUGUGGCGAGUGGAGCUGAGGGUGCGCUACGUGCCGAACAGUAUUCAGGACCUCUUCGAUGAGGACAAGGCCACAUGUUUCUACUACUUCAAUCAGGUGAAGGAAGACUUUAUCCAAGCCAAUGUCACAUCCAUCGACACUGAGGUAGCGGUGCAGCUGUGCUGUCUAGGCAUCAGGCAUUAUUUCAAGAACAUAACCGUUAAAGCUCCGGACAAGAAGCAGCACAUUGACUACAUUGAAAAGGAAAUCGGUUUUAAAAGUUUUCUUCCCCAAUCUGUGAUAGCCACAUCAAAGCCAAAGAAUCUUAAGAAAAUGAUCCAAGUCGGUUACAAAAAAGUCUACAAUUAUAACGACAUUGAGUAUUUGACGCGGUUCUUCGAUCUUUUGAAAAAUAUUUAUUUAACAAACUUCGAGCAGUUCUCGGUAACUUUGAGCUCGGCAUGGAAUAUUUCUGGAAUUCUACACGUCGGUCCUCAUAUUGGAAUCUCUUACCAGACUCAUCCUCAGGCCAGCUUAAAGAAUGUAGCUCAGUUUAAAGAUGUUGUUUCUAUUAAAACCUGCACUUUGCCAAAGGAAAAGUUGUCCAAGUCUAGCGAAAAUACUACAGAAUCUGAGAUGCAAAACUUUAAUUGCAAUUGCCAGAAGAUUAAAACGCAGAUAAAAAUAUCAGCGUCCAACAAUGUAGAGGAUUUGGUUAUAACGUGCAAUGGUAUAAAUACUGCUGAGAGUAUUGCCGACCUUAUUGACGGUUACUGCAGGCUGUUAUCAAAAAAUCUAGAGUUUACGAUUUGGCAGCGAGAGACAACAGCAUCGAGCGACGAUAGCGCCAAAGCGCUGCCCAAUGAUUCCACAUUGGAGUCCAACAAUUCGACUCAGGGAAAGCCGAUGCUUACUGAUGAUUAUGCCGAGAUUGGUUUACUGGAGGGUGAGGGCGAUUACUCAACGCCAACCGUUCGUAAUUAUGAGUUGGACCGAGCCCACAUUACCGCGAGUGCUAAAAUUGGUGUUGGGCAGUUCGGAGAUGUUUAUGUUGGCACAUAUACUCUACCGAAAUUGCCCAAGGGAAAGAACACCAUAGGAAAUGGCAAAGAUAGCAAUAGUGACCAAAGAAACGCCGAUGCAAGACCUGAUGUUAUUCAAGUCGCGAUAAAGACAUGUAAAGCCAAUGACGAUCCCGAAAAAACUGAAAACUUUCUUGCAGAAGCUUAUAUUAUGCAGAAAUUCGACCAUCCCCAUAUUAUUCGGCUCAUUGGCAUUUGUAGCGUAAUGCCGAUUUGGAUAGUUAUGGAAUUGGCCAAGCUUGGAGAACUGCGCGCUUAUUUAAAGACAAACAGCGACAGGUUAAGUCAUGGUACCCUACUAAAGUAUUGCUACCAGUUGUCGACUGCUCUUAGUUAUUUGGAAUCUAAAAAGUUUGUACACAGAGAUAUAGCUGCUCGUAAUGUGCUUGUCAGCUCCCCAACAUGUGUUAAGUUGGCUGAUUUUGGAUUAUCACGUUGGGUUUCUGAUCAAUCGUAUUAUCAUUCAACUCCCACAGUUGCCCUUCCCAUUAAAUGGAUGUCCCCCGAGUCUAUCAACUUUAGAAGAUUCACCACAGCUAGUGAUGUGUGGAUGUUUGGGGUCUGUAUUUGGGAAAUACUCAUGCUUGGAGUAAAGCCUUUUCAAGGUGUGAAGAACAGCGAUGUAAUCUUAAAGCUGGAAAAUGGAGAGCGCCUACCAUUGCCUCCAAAUUGUCCGCCCCGGCUAUAUUCUUUAAUGUCUCAGUGCUGGGCGUAUGAACCCCUGAAACGACCAAAUUUUAAGCGGAUCAAGGAAACUCUACAUGAAAUUCUUAUCGAGGACAGCAUUAAUUCUUCGGAAACUCUAAAAAGGGAGCAACGAAAAGUGGCAUCCAUGUCAUGGGUGGGCAGUGACGACAUUGACAUUCCGCCAUCGAAACCUUCAAGGGCGAUGCAUGAUUCUGACAUAACUGGCUUAAUGCCGGAAACAACGGCUCUACCUCAGACCUACAUUAUUGCACAAAAUCCCGCGGUGCUGGCGAAACUAAUGAUGGAGAACCAAAAACGAGGAAUCAAUCCAGCCGCAUACACCACACCAGCUUCGGUAUUUAAUACUCUAGCCGUAGGAUUAGAUGACAGCAAAUCAGAUGUUUCACUUAAGACAACAAAGCUACCAGCAGCAGAUUUGUUUAAACUAGAUCCCAUCGCAGAAUCCGAAAGGCUUAGAUCCCAAUUUUCUAUUAACAGCAGUCCUAGUCAAAUGGCUAACCCCCUAAACGCUUUAGCCAACCCCCUUGAAUCUCCUAGUCCCAACCAAGCAGGAAUGUUUACGGGCAGUUUGCCCUCAAAGAAUAGCUUCGUCGUUUGUCCACCUCAAACAGAGGAUCAAAUCCAAGCAGAAAACACCUCAAAUCCAUCAAUGUCAAAGGUUGCUGGAUAUAGCCUAUAUGGCAGUUUGGAGAGACACCAACCGCCACCAGCAAAGUCCAUACACUCGAAAGGCGGUAGUUUGGAACGCCACCAAUCAUUGAUGUCGGCUCAAAAUCUAGUUUUUUACAAUACGAAGCCGCCGCAUUGCACUAACACGGCAGAACGUUCGAGAAGCAUGGAGCGGAACACCUACUUUCAUGCAUAUCGCCAGCAGAUGAAAACCUCCAUCGAAUGCGAAGCUCUGCCCGAGGAAAUCUACGAUUUCGGUGGUGUCGGCCUUAAGACCUGUGUGUCUGCCAAGCAGCAGCCCAAAUUCAGUCCAAUGAUAAAUAUGCGGCCAGUUGAAAUUGGUCCGGUACAAGCAACAGAUUGCAUUGUAAUGAAUCCAAAUGUACCAAUGGGGCCUGCGAUGGAUUCAUUUAGGGUCAUAUCUCCACACAACAUGGACGAAGCUCUAAGAAAUCAGAGGGAAUUGGAGCGACAGUGGAUAGUUUCAGGUCCACAAAAUAUGGUGGUGCCACCUAACAUUUCUGAAGGAGCUGCUUGCAUGGCCACUCUGCAAGCCGAGGCUAUGGGAAACCAGGCAAUGCACAAUGUAUUGGGUGAAAAGCUACGACAACAGCAAAAGGAUAGCAACAGCGAUAGCGAAUGGUUAAUCCAAGAGGAAUUGCUGCGGCAGAGGUCUUGUUCAAUACCCCAAGGAUCUAUUAAUGAUCAUCAGGCACAAAUGUUUAAACUUGACUUCAUGUCAGCUGGACCUUCUAGUUUACCAGACUGCUCGAAUUCCAGUUCUCGACCCAUGACUCCAAAUGCCAAUCUCGUUUCGCUGAAGUCAAACAACUCCUCGGCGGAUCACUUGUCUGGCUUAACAUCUGGUGACGAACACAUUGGUUCGAAUUCCCGAAACGUUGGCAAUGCAGUUUCAAGUCGACCAAUGAACCGCGCAGAUGACGAAGUCUAUUGCGCCACCACUCUAGUGGUCAAAUCAAUAAUGGUGCUGUCACAAGGUGUGGAGAAAGCUAAUACUGAAGGUUAUUUGGAACUUGUUAAAAAUGUAGGCGUCAAGCUGAGAAACCUGCUCACAUCUGUUGACAAAAUAUCCGUGAUUUUCCCAGCACAGGCCCUUAAGGAAGUGCAAAUGGCACAUCAAGUACUUUCCAAAGACAUGCAUGAACUGGUCUCAGCGAUGCGAUUAGCUCAGCAAUAUAGCGAUACUACCCUGGAUUGCGAAUAUCGCAGGAGUAUGUUGUCUGCUGCCCAUAUAUUGGCUAUGGAUGCUAAAAACCUGUAUGAUGUCGUCGAUUCGAUUCGAAAGCGCUAUCAGCACCUAUUCCCGCCAUUCGCAACAAAAGAAUCCAGCAAUUCAUCAAGUUUUGAAUCAACUUCUGGCUCCAUUGUCACGGAGCCAAUAAAUGAGCUCGGUGGUGGAUAUCUUAAGACGAGCACAUCUGGAGAUUUACUACAAAAUACUGGGAUAUAUGAUAAUGAUUUGCAUCAUAGCUUUAGCUCUCAGUUGCAGUUGCAAAAUCCAACCACCAGUAUCGAUUCUACCGGUGGAGGUAGCUUGCAAAGAGGGAUGAGCAUUGGAUUGGACACCACCAGGUCGACAAAUGAACCGUUGCGAAUUGUUGAGGAGACUCUGGGCAGCCCGGGUGAACAUAUGUACUGUAAUACGUCAGCCUUGCACGGUCACGCGUAACUCUUAAGGCGCACGUGUUUCGAGUCUGCGAAGAUAGAUAUUAACCUAAAGACCUAACCUAAUGUACAUACUUAAAAUUUAUAUAUCAAGAUAUGUAUAUCAAUCGAACUAUAUAGCGAAUAAUUCGCUUAUCUACGUACGGAAUAUACAUAGCUCUGAACAUACUUACUCACUAAAGUUUGACGAGACUCCAACUCGGCCGGCCGCAUUCUCACAUCGUCAUGUAGUCAAAAUAAUUUAAGAAACAAAGACACGUUUUUGAAUGAAGAUGGCUAGUAAUAAUAUUUAUAGGUAAUAUACUCGAUCUAAUGCAACUAAAAAUUAAUUUCUUCAUAAUUUUGGGUGUGUUUUAAGACAUUUAUAUUGUGAUUUAUAGUUUACCAUGAUAAGCUUUACUAAAAGCAAGUUAUUUUGGUGCAAGGUUUAAUCACAAAAAAAUAAAGCGAAUUACUAAACAAAAAGCGAA